GUGUGUGUGGACAAAUUUGACCGCCACGCGUCCACCUUUUAUUCCUGCCAGAACCAAUACCUCUGUCAACAAAAACAACAAAAAUGUCGACUACGAGCUGUAGAAUGUAUGAAAACCGCUUCCCGGAAGUGGACGAACUUGUUGUCGUCAAUGUUCGCCAAAUCCAGGAAAUGGGUGCUUACGUGAAAUUGUUGGAAUACGACAACAUUGAGGGUAUGGUUCUUCUUUCCGAGUUGUCUAGACGCCGUAUUCGUUCCGUUCAAAAGCAUAUUCGUGUCGGCCGUAACGAAGUUGUUGUUGUCCUUCGUGUUGACAAGGAGAAGGGUUACAUUGACUUGUCGAAGCGUCGUGUCAGUCCCGAAGACGUCCUUAAGUGUGAGGAGCGUUUCAACAAGUCCAAGGCUGUUCACUCUAUCAUGAGACACAUUGCUGAGAAGCACAAUGUUCCCUUGGAGACCAUGUACACUUCCAUUGGCUGGCCUUUGUACCGUAAAUAUGGUCACGCCUAUGAUGCCUUCAAGCUGGCCAUCACUUCCCCCGAAGUUGUAUUUGAAGGCCUCGAUGAACCCGCUCCUGGCGUCGUCAAGGAUCUUUUGGCCCAGAUUUCUCGUCGUUUGACUCCCCAACCCAUCAAGAUUCGUGCUGAUGUUGAGGUUACUUGCUUUGGUUAUGAUGGUAUUACUGCCAUUAAGAACGCUCUGCGUGCUGCCGAGGCUGUUCACACUGAGGACAUUCCUGUAAAGGUGAAGUUGGUUGCUCCUCCUUUGUAUGUUAUUCUUACCAACGCUUUGGACAAGACUCUUGGUGUCAAGAAGUUGGAAGAGGCUAUUGCUGCUAUUGAGAAAUCUAUCACUGAGGCCAACGGUUCUUGCGUCGUGAAGAUGAAGCCUAAGGCUGUCAGCGAGACUGAUGAGCUUGAGCUUGCUGAUCUGAUGAAGAAGUUUGAGAAGGAAAACGCUGAAAUUUCUGGUGACGAAGAGGACGAUGACCAAAGUGGUUCCGAGUAAGGAACAUUUUCAUUUGCAUGAGCCAACUAUAGUCUCCUGGUCUCUCUCUUGGCAUCAUUGUUACAAAAAAAUGGCACGUCUCCUUGUGUGCGGCUUGCAUAACGUCUGCACUGAAUUCCCAUAAAGUCAGUAGCGACUUUCAUUCAGCAUUUCUGUAGAGUUGGGUGAGUGGUUUUUUUUCAUUUUGUAGGCUACAAUAGGUAGGCAAGAGGUUCGUUUCAAAGUGAGAAACAAAAGUAUGAGAGGGGGACUAUGUAUGUAUGAUGAGUUAUGAGCGUUUCGAAUCGUUAAAGUCAUG